AUGACGGAACCUGGCCAUUGGAACCCCGUCCUUGACCGACUCGAGGCCGCCAUUGCCCACUUCGCUACCACCCAAGCCUCUAUGGCUGCCAGACUAGAUGUCCUUCUCCUGAAAAUAGAUACCCUGUUAAUCAGCCAACACCCUCCAUCUUCUUCCUUUGCACAACCACCUUCCGCAAACAUACCCAUGCCGUCGUCGUCGCCGCCCAUGUCGAUUCCACUUUCAUGCCCCGUGCCGAUGCAACAAAGCCAAGCACCCAUGCUUGCUCCUCACCUUUCAACCAACAGCAAGCACCAUGUGCCCCACGCGCCUUCCUCCAUCUUCAACCAGCUCGUUCACGCUCGAGCCGUUGAUUCCUUCAACAACCUCUUAAGUGUUGUUGUUCAUUAUGGUUGUGCAGUGACUCCUCAUGACAAGCUUUUGGAAAAUAGAGACAUGACAUUGUUUGAGAUGGGAGUUGAGUCCUAUGGGUCUGCCAUGGUUGCACGCAAGCGCCAACUAGCAGCUUUUGCACUAUGGAUGGCUGCUAAACCAAGUGAGUUUCGUCGGGACAGACCUUGGGAUCCUGGUAUUACUUUUGGAAGCCAUGGUUUGAAGCCCCAACACCUUGAGGACAAGGUGUUUUUGAUGGGCCAAGGAAUGUUAGGAGGGAGAAAACAAACUAGCAGCAAACCACUACUCAGGGCACAACCACAGUCUCAAAUGGAAAAUCGUAUCACCAAAACGCUUAAGGAAUUUCACAUAACUAAUUAUGUUAGAGCUUCUGAGCUGGCAGGAUAUUAG